AUGACGGCCGAACCUCAACUUCAUGAUUUCCCAGGCCUCUACGCUUACCGGGUGUGUGGCACUGACGGCAACUGGCUCUCGGGAAACUGGACCAACUACACCGAGUGCCUCGGUUUGAUCAACCAGCAGUCCGGCCAGCAGUGCAGUUCAGCGGUUUCCCUGGCGGUUGUGUACAUCCUGCUCUUGUUCUCCCUGCUGUCGCUGAUUUUUCUCUCGGCUAGCAUGUUCAUCUUCUGCUACUUCAGGUGUUCUGUGGUGUACGAAUGGUACGAGGUGAUCAAGAAAGACAUUAAGACUAACUCCAUCCCCGUGCUGUGCAAGUGCGUGCUGUCGCUGAAGAUGUACGCGGCCACGGCCUCCAUCAACUGGAUGUUCGUCGAGGGACUGCUCCUGCACUCACGCGUGGCAGUUUCCAGUGUUCCGGCAGGACGCCCCUUUCCGGCUCUACUACGCGCUCGGCUGGGGUGA